ACGCAACAACAUGCAGUCUUCGACAAUCCUAACCAUUUUUGCCAUCGUCCUGGUGGCCCAAAAUGCGAAAGCUGGUACCCUGAACUUUGGAUCCCUAAUGGGGGAUGUGUCCCAAGUGGCCGUCGCUGGGGAGAAACUCAUCCACCAACUGGAAAACGCUGUGGCUAGUUCCCAAUCGGAUUUCGUUCAGCCAACGACUCUGAAUAUACUCAGUGAUAUGGGAAACGCCUUGGGAGAUCUGGCUAAUGCCAUCACUAGUCUAAAAGUGGAGGAUAACUAUAUGCAACCCGAGGCAACCAAUCUUCUAGGUGAUGUCCUAGGUGGAGUUGGCACUGGCCUAGGAGAUUUGGCAAAUGCCAUUACCAGUCUCAGUGUUCAAAUGCAGACCGGUCCCCAAGCUCGCAGUCUUUCGUCUGAUGGCGCUUCUAUCAUAGCCGAAGGAGGAGCUGUCAGUGCCAAGACAAUUGCCGCAGCUGCCGAUGCCGCUGCCCCCUAUAUAAAACAGCUGAAUGCUGGCCUAGGCGAUCUGGCUAAUGCCCUCACCAGCCUCUGAACAACUUUGAAGCAGUUCAAUUAACAAAUAAAUAUUCAAUCGCAUAAAAA